AUGGCUAAUAAGAAGCAGGGAGGAAACAGCCUUCUCCUCCUCCUCAGGCUGAUAAGCCUGUCCUCGUACUACCUGCUCUGCCGUGUUCCCCAUGCCACCUCACUUAGCUUCAGCUACAACUUCUCCAACCCCGGCGUCCUAACCAGCGCCGACCUCACGUACGACGCCAACGCGAGCACGCUCUCGGCGACGCUGCGGUUCGACCACCUGCCGGAGCUGGGCCUCUACAACGUCAGCGCGACCGUCGACUUCAAGGAAGCUGGGCUGCCGCAGCAAGCGGCGGUCGGGUUCUCCGGAGCCACCGGAGAUUUCGUCGAGCGCCAUCAGAUCCUUUCGUGGUCGUUCGAGUCCACUCUCGUCAGCGUCGCCGUUGUCAACACGACCGGCAAGUGCCUUUCCCUGCUUGUAGCUUUGUUAUUUCUCCUUUUUUUCCCCCUCUUUAUUAGAUUAGAAAUGCGUUGCUCAAUAUAUAAUAUGAAUCUUAUGUAA